UCGCCGCAAGUGCACGUGAUAUUCGCUGUGUUGCCGCGUUCUGACGUUUUACCAUUCGUUCCGCGAUCGCUUCGUUCGGUUUUUCAAAUCAGCCGGCACGGUCAUCGCCGCGUGUGCAUUGGACCGUUGCAGCACAGUUUCAUAAUAUUAGAACCACGGUGGGUUCUAGUGGAGCGCUUGUUGAUGGCAACGAAGCUGACGGAUGUGGGUGGUAAAAGGUGUCCAUUGAAACGAAAUUUUUGAAAAGAAUCGCGUUAGUUGUUUCGGUUACCGAACCUUCUGUGCGGAUGCUUAAAACAAGUAGUGAGUGAUAACGAAACAAACGGAACGAUUGUUGUCUGGCCCGGUAAGGAAUGACAGCUCGCGCAGAAAAGUCAUAGCCGUAUGUGACCACCAAAAUGUGUGACUUGCUCGACUAGUGGAACUACACUUAUCAGCACUGAAAACUGUAAACAAUUGUAAUUUUCACCUGCAUAAAGUAGAACAGAAGAAGAAAAAGCGAAGAGCAAACGGAACAAACACGAGAAACAUGAAGCGAGAAUUGUCAAACAGAACGCCACACCACACGUGAAUGUUUACCCGGCCAUUAUACCAUACUAUCCGGGCUCUCCCACAACCGGAAGUGGCCUAGUGGAGCAUGAAGUGCUCGUAUCUUGUCGGUGCGGUGAUUGUCGGUUUACCUAGCAAAAAUAACAAAGUGGCUCGUGUUCCCGAUAUAAUCCGCCGGAGUUAGCCUCAGGCGUAAAUGUGUUAAAUCAUCAAUUUUUGGCGGUUUAUUACACUGAUUAUUCACGGUCGAAACAAAGGUGAUCGAAAGGGUGUAACAAUUCAAGCAGUUUUUUUUCUGCUUCGCGCACACACCAUUCGGCUCGCGGUGUACCGUGGUUUCGUUUGGCAGCAAAGUGGAAUCGAAAUCAAAACAACAAACGUUUGCGCCUGCCGUGUUUCGUCAAGUUUCUAUGGUUACUUUCUUCAAACAAAACUUGGCCAUUGACAGUGUUGGGUUAUCGAUUAUUUCAGUUUUAACAAAACUGAAAGGAUAAGUGCUGGUCUACUUGAAUGGUGGAAAAUAUUUUCACCGUUUUAAUAGCCUACCUAACUUCAAAGUUUAGUGAUAACAGAAAACGAGAAAACUCACUGAUAGUUCUUCAUUCCGAGCGGUGUUGUGUACGUACGGUAUUGAUAGUGUUGUUCUCUUCCCUCCCCCGAAGAAAACCUGGCAAAAUGACUCGAAUAUGCACCAUCACGGCAGUGCUGCUAAUGCUAGUGUCAUCAUUUACAACUGCCUCCCAUUCAUCAUCGGCAUACCUUGAUAAGUCGGCCUACAAAAACGUCAUCGUUGAGAUACGGGAUAACGUACCGGUGGAAAGUUGCCAAUCGAUCUUGCAUAAUCUAGAGAUCAUGCUAACAUCUGCCUCGCAGUAUUUGUUUUCUGCGUUGGAUGGCCGAGUGUAUUUUGGUGAAAUUUCGGUGAUUUUACCGGCCAGCUGGCCAAACUCUUGCAUCCCGUACAAUCAAACCCGAACAUCAGCCAGUGGAGAACGUUCGGAUGUCACAAUUAGGUCCCACACUCGCUCGGAUUCGCUCAUCUGGACGGAUCAGUUCUCGGGCUGUGGCGAACCCGGUGAUCAGAUUUACAUCGAUUCCGAUAUCAUCGGACGGGACACUAUCGGACGGGAGUUCGUUCGGGAAUGGGCUAAAUAUCGGUACGGAGUGUUCGAUGAAAUCGGUUACGAUAAGGAUCCUAUCUAUCCCCGGUGCUACAUCAACGAUGAUCACGAGGUGAAACUAACGGGAUGUUCAGACGCACCGGUAAGCGACCACGGACUUUGUGGUAGCUCAACCUCGGCUCCUAUUCCGUACAACAUCAGUGAUAUUCUGGACAGGAAUGCUCGCACCAGUAUCAUGUUCGCAGCCGAAGCUCCGAGUGUAACAAUGUUCUGUGACGAAGGCACCCACAAUCGGUACUCACCCUCGAAACAUAACCAAAUGUGUGAUCGACGCAGCACCCUGGAUGUAAUUCUCAAACACCCGGACUUCGCCGGUGAAUCUCAGGUACCGGUUAAUCCAUCGGUGAUCGUGAACACAACCCCGAAGUUCAGCUACAAAACUCGAAAAUCGACUCGUUAUGUAAUCAUCAUCGACGAAACACUUGACAUGCAACUUCGCGAAUCGUGGAGCUUUCUUCGAAGUGCCAUACGAAAAUGGGUCGUUUAUGAUCUGCCGUCUAACACCGAAAUUGGGAUGGUUCUGGCCAACGACACCGCCACCGAAAAGAUCCUGCAAAUAUCAUCUCUACACAUUCAGGAAAACAAAGACCUGGUAGCGUCGUUCAUUCCGUAUUCGCCAAGUGAUUCGCGGCAACCGGCUUGCCUAACCUGUGCCAUAUCUGACGCCAUCAGUAUGCUGAAUGAACGGACUCGCCUUCACGGUCCGGCCAGUUCGGUCAUUCUUGUGGUUGCCCCCGGUAUGGACUUCUCCAUCGAUCACAAAUCCCUGGCGAACGCGGCCCGUGCAUCCAAAAUCCGUCUCACAACGAUCAACUAUCCGAACGUGAUCCGUCGGCAGCCUCUGGAUGCACUUGCUCACGAAACCGGAGGAUCCGCUUAUUCGGUCUUCGAAUGCAAGUACAAUGGCGAACGAACCUAUCUCACCACAUAUUUCGAGCUUACAAACGUAUUAUUCAACAUCGGAAAGUUGUACUACGAAGGAAACGUGAAUGAUCUGCCAACGGAGAUCUAUCGCAAAGAACUGAUCGACGUGAUUGACGAUUCGAAUCAAAUUUCCAAGCGAACUAGCCGAACGGUUACCGGAAGCUUCAUGCUAGAUUCGUUCAUGGGUCCACCGGCGCAGUUUUUCGUGUACAUCCACAACCCGGAAAACCCCUUGAUCACAAACCUGAAACUUACCAGCCCAAACGGAAACGUGUAUACUUCACGCAGUGACGCCCGCUCCUUGGUGAAGCAAUUGAUGAUCUCGGCCGUUCUCAACGAAACCGGCACGUGGACCUACACCAUCGACCGUUUCAACGGGAAUCCCCAGCCUCAUUACGUUCAGGUCAUAGCAACGCCACGAUCACGGUACGCCCCGGUAAUUCAGGCUCGCGCCUGGAUUCACGAGUCUAGAUCUGGUGGCCCACCGAUUAUCUACGCCGAGGUUAGGAAAGGUGACCUGCCGGUCAGUUCUGCCCUGGUGGAGGUUGUAGUUACCCGUCCGGAUAAGGUUUGUCAAGCGGGAAGCGGAAUGGUGAACGAGUGUCGCGAAAAGUUCAAGCUACUGGAUACCGGUGCCGGAGAUCCGGACAUUACCAAGGGCGAUGGAGUCUAUUCCAGAUACUUCAAUGCUGAUGAGUUUGGUGGUGCCGGGGCCUAUCAGUUCGAGGUCACCGUAAGCGACAAUGGCAACACGGCGUACUCCCUGUCUACGAGUGGAAGCUAUGGAGUUUUGACUACAACACACACCACCAGAUGUUGUGGAAGUUCUAUUGCUGUGCCGCUGAAGCAACCGCUGACUCCAUUCCAACGAACUCUACAACCGAUGACGUUGUUUGUUACGCAAGAACAGUUGAAUAACAAUAAUUACCGUCUUGUUGGUCGCAUUAGUGACCUAAGCGCAGACGUCGAAGCAAUGAAGGUUCGGCUCAGUUGGACUUCUCCGGAUAUGGGUGGAAAAACUGUUGCUCGGUACGAGGUAAAAUACGCUACGACAAUAAAAGAUAUCGUCGAUAACUUUGACACGGCUGCCGUUCUGUGGCAUCACGACAAUCCCUUAACGUACUCCAUCGGAGAUGAUAGUACGUUUACCCUGAACAUCACUCAUGAGCCACAUUUGAUAGGCCAAAUCCUGUACUUUGCCAUUAGACCAUAUUCAAAACUCACGAAAGAUGCCGAUCCGGGUCCAAUCUCCAACUACGUUCGGGUUUUUGUCUCGAAACCAAAACCUACCACACUAUUUCCUCCAUCCAGUCCCGGUGGGACGGAGAGCUAUGAUUCGAUUUGGUCAUCGUACGACGGUAUCAGUAAAAACGAUGACGGAAUGGAUAUCAUUCCGAGGAUUGCAAAAACUAUGGAUCUUGGAUUGGAGCUGCUACUACCGAUAAUCGCAGGGAUUAUCCUUCUGUUAGCACUCAUUCUAAUCUACUGUUACUUCUGCAUAGUGAAAAAACGUCAUGAUACCCAUGAUGAUGAACAGAAAAAACCUAUCAAAUGCUUCAAGAGUGAUCACAGACUAUCGAACAGUCAUAGCGUAAUUGUCACUGCAGCCGGAAAUGCAUCGUCACCCUCAUCGAAUACCACUACCUCGUCUUCUUCGUCUCCGAACCACGUCAACAACCAUCAGUCCCACAUGCCAACUUCAGUAUCCUACGAUAUGAAUUUGAAUGACCAUCAAACCGUUGGUAUUCCCACAAUCUAUAACAUUGACGACGACAUGAUGAUGACCAAGAAACGCUACAGCACAAUGGGACACACACAUCCGAUGGAGCAACAACUGAUCGAAGAACUCAAACAGCAACAGCACAUCAUUGAUUCGCAAUCUUUCAUUGUGCCCUCGAAUAAUAACAAUUGCGCUGUCAGCAUAAUAUCGUCGGCUUCCAACAAUACGACUCUUACCCGAUCCUACAAUCCUAACCCAAUGCUGCCGAACGGAAGGACUCUCAGCCCAUACGAAUCGUGGUCAGCGACGCAGUUACUUCAGGAGCAUGAACAUCACCAUCCUCACCAUCCGCCAACCCUUAUGGACGAUCUGGUGGACAACAAUGUCCCGCAUCAGUUCUACAACACCCAGCCACUCUCCCAGCACGAUCAAAUGUCACUUUUGAACAACAAUCACCUGAACGAAAGUACCCCACCUGUUCCGCCGCUGCCGGUGUACACGACGACGACGACCAAUGGGAACAACGGUCCAACUUACGUCUACGGACAACAACAGCCGCCGGCCAACCACUCCAACAACGGUUCGGUCAACUCCGUAAAUAGUGGAGGUGGCCCGACAGGUGGAACAGACACCAAAAAACGCCGGAAUGUGACAAUGGUGUAGGCGGUGAUCCGGAAAACCGCCUGCAGGACUGUAACGUGACACCGUGGUUCGUUGUUAUAUUAUUUCGUAUAAUUUAUGAAAUUUCGUUAAAAUUUUCAAGUCCUGUAUUCCCGUUCGUUUGGCAAAUGUGUAUAUUAUACAUUAGUGCAGGAAACGAGGGAAAUUUACAAAUUGGAUUUCAGUUUAUUCGAUCGUCAAUCGUUUUCAAUCAAUAAUCAAUCAAUCGAACUAGUCAACAUGAAUGAAGUUUUAUUUUAAAGACGACCUUACUGGAUUUCGAUUUGAAAAUUUAAGGACUUCUUCGGAAGACGGCCAGUACUGUGACAACUGUGAAAUAUAAUUCUGUUAGUAUACAACUAAUUCGACUAGAUAGAUAAAAUGUGUGGGAAUCGAAAAGAACGUAAGAGCAUUUAUGUAUAUUUUCUAAGAAGCCUAAGAACAGUUGUAAUUGUAAGAGUUUAGAAAUAUAAAAAUGUUAGAACUAAGGCCAAUUCGAGCGCACGAUGUUUCAUAGAAUAUGUCAAUAAACAAAUCAUAAAUCCUAUCAAAACCAAUACAAAAUGGCAUUAACUAAUAUUUAUCAUAUGUGUAGGAACAGAACUAGUAAGAACGGAUGAGCAUACCUGCUCUAACACCCGAUGCAUUCAAACAGUACCUUUCCAUAAGUUCAACGUGACGGCAGCCAUAGCUCACAACAAUCUAGUAAACAUUCAUAGCACAGAAGGCAUUUCACUCGAUGUAGCAAAAAAAAUGUAUUCGGUUUGAAAAAAAAUUGUCGUGUGAUGUAAAUCUAGCAGUCGAAAAUAUUGUUCAUAAGUCUGUAUUUCCAUUCGAUCAUCUCUUGAAUUAUACGAUUUUUGUUAAUACGAAUUAUUUUUUCUUGGAUUGAGUCGAAAAUUGGAAUGCGCUGUUCAAUUCAUUCUGCCAUAUGGCUACACUAAAACUGGAAAAGUUUUCAUACAAAUGCUGAAAAUGUGUGUAUUUUCUACUGGAACAAAAUGUGGAUAUCUCAUUAGAUAGUAAGUUCAGUAUUGUAACAUUUUCUUGUGUAUAUAUACUUUUAAAAACCCAA